AAAAGAGAGCAGCAGGGAACCCCCAGUUUGGACGCAGCCCCGCUCUGGAGGGCUUCCUCGCGGGCGCUUUCGCUCUCCCUCCGUCCCUCCUCCUUCCUCGGCGCAUCGCUGUGAGGCGGGCGGGAGGAAGGCCGAGCCGAGCCCGGCACCGCGGAAGAGGCAGCCGAGUCAGUCGCGGCCGCCGCGGCGAUGGAAUCCCUCGAGGACUUGGCGGUGGGGCCCUGCACGGCCUCGGCCUACUUGCGGCCGCUGCGGCUCCGCUACCGUCAGAAUGGUGUUUCAAAGAUCUGGGACUUCAUGAGGACACAUGACAGCGUGUCCAUUCUGAUCUUUAAUACUUCUCGGCAGUGCUUUGUUGUGGUGAAGCAGUUCCGUCCAGCGGUCUACAUGAGUGACAUGGCUCAGCACUGCCCUCAAGACUUUGAGAAAACCUGCUCGGAGAACUGGCAUCCUCUUGAAUGUCAUUUGCCGGCUUCGGUAGGAGUGACUUACGAGCUCUGCGCUGGCAUCAUAGACAAGCCGGAGCUCUCUCUGGAGGAAAUCGCCUGCCAGGAAGUCUUAGAGGAGUGUGGCUACGAGGUCCCUCUAGCCAGCCUGAAGAGGAUUACGUCGUACCGAUCUGGAGUCGGUGUGACGGGAUCGAAGCAGACCUUAUUUUAUGUAGAAGUGACCGACGAGAUGAAAACCGGCAAAGGAGGUGGGCAGCCGGAAGAAGGGGAGCUGAUCGAAGUCGUGGAAAUACCUCUGCGGGACUCUAUGAGUUUUGCAUUUGAUGAGACUUUCCCUAAAACGAUGGGUGUCAUGUUCUGCAUCAUGUGGUUCCAAAGCAACAUUGCCCCGAAUCUACCGAAAAAAACAGAAUAGCAUCUAGGUGUACGGGAAUGGGGGCAGGGAGGGGACAAUAUAAAAAUCAAACCACAUCCCGGAAUCCUGCUUUAAGGGAAAUUCUCAAAGAGAAGGGGCAUUAGGAAUCCGAUUCCAUUGUUUAAAUAAAGAAUUAGUUGAAGUCUU